GCAGUCAAUCGGCUUACGGUCAGCGAGAAAUGGUUCUAGAAUGUCGUUAUCUGCCUAUAUCAAUUGUUACGAUAUCCAUGCGCACUCAUGAAGCGUAGCAAGCUGGAUAACCGCCGCACGCAUGGGUAACGAGCAUAGCUUUGAAUGGCCCGGAACAGAAAGGUUGACGCAGAUCGCACCAAACGUCACGAGAGGGACUGCCACUGCGCAGGAAGCACUUCUCCAUUGAUCUGCAUAUGUCCGUGUGGCAUGGCAGCAGUCCUGGCAGUAGGACCCGAACUAAUCCCGAAGGUACUGGAGAAGGGCCCAAUCUUUUUGAGCAGACGGAGCGGAACGAGGCUGGCUCAUGCCGAGCUAGCACUGUGCUCAACUAUGAAGUGGCUCUGCAGAAACCUGGUGAACAGAGGAAAAGCUGGUAUAUGUCCAGGUGCAGCUGCUGUAGGGUCAAAACGGUUCUAAAGAGCCAACCCUGAACCGAAGUACCAAAGGCAUGGAUCGAGGCGGCGACGAGGCGCACACAUAGCUUGAAGAACCUUGUGUGACUGUGUAUGGUAGAGCAAGGCUACAGUCUCGG